AUGGACGAUAUCAACCCUACAGAACCGUUGGACCGUGGAUAUCUAUUGUGCUUCUGGAAGUAUGCCGCCCCAAAAGCUUAUGGGGCUUUCGCUUUCUGCGAAUGUUGGCUUGCGGAAGAAGCCGAGAAAAGGCUGAACAGUACCGAGGAAGAAACCCACAGCUACUGGGCAACUGGAGCAGAGUUAGAAGAAACACAUAUAUAUCAACGGAUCGCUCAGGCAUAUUGGCGUUCUGGAGCCGCACUGAAGACGACGCUCCCGCUGAUGAAGAUUCUGAAUCUAGGGCUGCCCCAGGCGAAGAAGAUCGGGGAACAUUCGGUGUUCGGACUGCAGAGAGGGUUCGAUAGUUUUGAGGAUACGCUGCGAUAUCUGGCAGAUGUUGAGAAGGUGCUAGCGGAACGCUACCCCAGAUUCGAUUCUAGAGCCUUGGUUGAUGAAGAGUGCGCCUUUUGA